AUGUCGGACCAAGGGAGGAGUCUGGCUGCAUUGACCUCACGCUAUCUUCCAGAUGACCCGUGCACCAUGGCCGACUAUGCCCGCCUGAAGAAUGUCCUCCUGGCGCUCCAGACCCACCGGCGACCAGUCCCAGAAGGGGGCAGCCGACAAGACCCUGCCUCCCAGAAGCGCCUCCUGGUGGAAUCUCUAUUUACAGACUUGGAUGCAGAUGGUGACGGCCACCUCAGCAGCUUGGAGCUGGCUCAGCACGUGCUGAAGGAGCAGGACCUGGAGGAGGGCUUCCUGGGGUGCUUGCCGGGCGACCUCCUCCGAUUUGAUGACUACAACAGUGACGGCUCCCUGACCCUCCACGAGCUCUACACAGCUUUCCAGGUGGUUCAGCUCAGCCUCGCCCCUGAGGAUAGGGUCAAUGUGGCCACAGUGACCGUGGGGCUGAGCACUGUGCUGACCUGUGCCAUCCGCGGAGACCUGCGGCCCCCCAUCGUCUGGAAGCGCAAUGGGCUUACCCUCAACUUCAUGGCCUUGGAAGACAUCAAUGACUUCGGAGAGGAUGACUCCCUCUACAUCACCAAGGUGACCACCAUCCACAUGGGCAACUACACCUGCCAUGCCUCCGGCCACGAGGAGCUCUUCCAGACCCACGUCCUGCAGGUGAAUGUCCCGCCAGUCAUCCGUGUGUAUCCUGAGACCCAGGCACAGGAGCCCGGCGUGGCAGCCAGUCUGAGGUGCCAUGCAGAGGGCAUUCCUAUGCCCAGAAUCACUUGGCUGAAAAAUGGCAUGGACAUCUCAACCCAGAUGUCGAAACAGCUCUCCCUUUUAGCCAAUGGGAGCGAACUCCACAUCGGCAGUGUCCGGUAUGAAGACACGGGGGCAUAUACCUGCAUUGCCAAAAAUGAAGUGGGCGUGGACGAGGAUAUCUCCUCACUUUUCAUCGAAGACUCCGCUAGAAAGACCCUUGCAAACAUUCUGUGGCGAGAGGAAGGCCUCAGUGUGGGAAAUAUGUUCUAUGUGUUCUCGGACGAUGGCAUUACCAUCCUGCACCCCGCGGACUGCGAGGUCCAGAGGCGCCUCAGACCCACUGAGAAGAUCUUCAUGAGCUAUGAAGAAAUCUGUCCUCAAGGGGAAGGGAAUGGCACCCAGCCCUGCCAUUGGGCAUCGGCAGUGAACAUCAGGCACCGGUACAUCUACGUGGCCCAGCCAGCACUGAACAGAGUCCUCGUGGUUGAUGUGCAAGCCCAGAAAGUCCUACAGUCCAUAGGUGUGGACCCUCUGCCAGCUAAGCUGUCCUAUGACAAGUCUCAUGACCAAGUGUGGGUCCUGAGCUGGGGGGAUGUGCACAAGUCCCAACCAAGCCUCCAGGUGAUCACAGAAGCCAGCACCGGCCAGGGCCAGCACCUUAUCCGCACACCGUUUGCACAAGUGGAUGAUUUCUUCAUUCCUUCAACAAACCUCAUCAUCAACCAUGUCAGGUUCGGCUUCAUCUUCAGCAAGGCUGACCCCACAGUUCACAAAGUUGACCUGGAAACACUGGUGCUGCUCAAGACCGUCAGCCUGCAAAGCCACGGCUGCCUGCCACAGGCCAUGGGCCACACGCACCUGGGCGGCUACUUCUUCAUCCAGUGCCAACAGGACCCCCCCGCUGCCGCCGCCCCCCAGCUGCUGCUCGACAGCGUCAUGGACACCGUGCUCGGCCCCAAUGGUGACGUGACCGGCACCCCACACGUGUCCCCCGACGGGCGCUUUGUGGUCAGCACCGCGGCCACCAGCCCCCAGCUGCACGUGCAAGAGAUCACGCUGCAGGGGGAGAUCCAGACCCUCUACAGCCUGAAAAUAAGCCAGGGCAUCUCAGAUGUGGCCUUCCAGCCCUCCUUCACCCACGGGGAUCAGUACUACAUCUAUGCCCCCCUGGAGACAGAGCCAGACCUGCUGUUCCUGGAGCUGUCCACGGGGAAGAUGGGCGUGCUCAAGAACUUGAAGGAGCCGCCCACGGGGCCCGCGUGGCCUUGGGGAGGGCCCCACAGGAUCGUGAGGGACAGCGGGCUCUUCGGACAGUACCUCCUCGUCCCGGCCCAAGAGUCGCUGUUUCUCGUCAACGGGAGACAAAACACGCUGCGGUGUGAGGUGUCGGGCGUAAAGCGGGGGACCACCGUGGUGUGGGUGGGCGAGGUAUGAAGGAGCCAGGAGCAGAGCCCUGGGCCCCCUUAAGCACUGCCGAGUCCUCACACCGCAGCCCCAAGCAGGCGCCCUGUACAUUUUCACAGACAAACGCAAAACCUGUAUCCGCUUUGUGGUUCAGCACUGGCCUCCUUGCAAGUUUCCUAGUAUAAGGUAUGCGCUGCUAACCAGAUUGGAGUUUUUCGUUGGGAAGUAUGAUUUAUGCCUUGAGCUACGGUGAGAACACACGCUGCUGCGGAAAGGGAUCAUUUCUGUGCCCAGCCACACGCCAGGUCUCCCGGGGAGCGCCGCGGGACCGAGAUCUCCUGCUUUCCAGGCUGACGCUUGUGUCGGUUGCCUUCACAUACGUACUCGUUGUCCGUCACGGCCGGGUCCCGCCGACCUCACCCUGAUGGAGUGGCCCCGAAGCCUGGCCUGGAAGCGGGCUCCGCGGGAGCCCAAGCUCUCGCUCCCGGCAUGAGAGCCACGUCCACCCUCCUUCCGGACCUUCUUUCCUCCUGUGCAGCUGCUUCAUGCUUUUUUUCCAUUUGACGUGGUGUAAGCCCGAGGGAGAGCCAACCAGACUUCUUGCGUCUUGGGGGAUGGGGAAAUCACUUACUUUAUUUUGGAAAUUUUGAUUAAAAGAUAAUUUUUUAUAAUCUCAAA